UCCACGUAUCCAAACACUGAGAUGCCGUGUCCCUCGAGCAAUGUGUAUUGCAUACGUGUUCUCUCUGUGAUUCCUUUGGUAUAAUGAAUAUUUCAUGUAUGAGUGAUACUUUGUUGAUAAGGGACAAGGAUGAAAUAUUAACGAAGGUCUCACUGUGUUCAUGUUACCUAUCAGAUGAAGGCUGCUGCUGCUGUAAACCAACAUGUUGAUACUUGGAAGACUGGCGAUCAAUUGCUACCGACGUGCUACCGUUUCUUUCGAUGCGGCUUGGUGUGAUAAUUUAAGGGUGUUGAACAUUACUAUAUUUGGAAUAUGCAGUUCAACGAUAAACACUUUACAUUUGUCGACGAUUAAAAACAGCUAAUGAAUUGUGUGAAGAAGUACACAUCAAUAACGGGAGUUAAUUUACAGCUGAGAGUGUGAAAUCUCCUCGACCUAUCAGCUGCGAGACAGCGUGUACGGAUAGAGUAGCGGACCAUUCACGUUUCUAUUGUUUUACUGAUGGCGUUGUAACAAAAAAGUGCCUGUUGAGACUUUAGCCAUGCUCAAACACAGGACCAUUAAACCACGGAAACAAUGCUCUCCCCGUCUUGCCUUUCUCACCAUAGUUUUACUGAUGUCGUGUUUAAUCGCAGGCUAAGCGGACACUGUGAUUGUUGCGUGUAAUGGAAUGACGAGUUAAGCCAAUAUUUGUAUAUGCGUUAUAGCAGCAACGGACACUUUGUGUUGCAGUCGUGCUGGCGGCGUCUUUCAUCGCCAUGUUGAGGAAUGCUGCGGCUGCGGACUGAGGCGACUAAUGUCAGCAGCUGAUGUUUAAGACGACCGGAGCGAGCACUAUACCCCCACCUUCACACCCAGCAUACCGUGCUACUUCAGGUGUUCCCCAGACAGAUGAUGUUGCUGCAGCUCCUGCCCCUGUUCUCCCUUCUUUGCGCGCUGCCCCGCACCUGGGCCACGUGCAGGUUCCCUGAGUUCCUCCAGAGGGAUGAGCCUUGGGCAGCAGACUAUGGAGAGGGAACCUUUGUUGCUUACGUCAAGGGAACGUACAUGCAAAUUAACCAAAUCAAAGGCGGAAGUGGCAGCGCGUAUGCUCGAAGAUGCAUACAGAAAACCUCGAAUGACAAGUAUUUGGUGACACACGAAGAGAAACAAAAGGAGCACCGUUUUGUUUGUAUGCAGUUUCUUCGGAGAAGUGCCAACAUUGUUCAACUGAAAGUAUCUCGUAACUCAAAUCGACGCUCCAUUGACUUGUGUCAAGAUCGUUUAAUGGCCUUAGAUCACUGGCCUAUCGUGCAGUUAAGUCAAACACCCGACCAGCGCAUUACGUGCCCCUUUGUCGGCGGUUACAAUGUACAGAUGCAGUUCCCUAACCACACCAUAGUAUGUGCUGACCAUCUGCUCUUGUUAAGGAUUGAAAGUGAAUGUGAAAAGGGAGAAGGGAUAUUGUUUGAUUUCCGGGACGAACAAUGUAUCCCUCCUUCCCUACCCCGAGAUAUCAAGCAAAGAGCGUACUGUAUUGCUCACUGGGAAGAAAAUGGUCAGACCUUUGUUAUUCUCCAACAUGCCACUGUUCAUAAACAAAUGUGGUGCCUCCGUAUCAGUGAUGCUCUGGGAGAUAUGAAGGGAGCCUAUCUCAUGCUGGACCUUGUUUGUCACCCCAACGAAUCGGAAGAGGAAACGUUGAACUAUUACUACAUCAGCAUAGAAAAACAGGUUCACUCCAGUAUCUGUGCUGAUGCUGUGGAUGGAUGUUCUUUGAUCAAGGAUUUCUGUGACACAGAUUUCAGGCAGCACUGCUCAAAAACUUGUCGUGAUUGUGAGUAUGAAAGUGAAAUUGGCUUGUGUACUUUUCCCGAACAUAUGAGAGGCAAAUGGAUCGACGCUAAAGGGAACAGAGAACAUGAAAUCAACAUCUACGAUUAUUCUAUGAAUAUUAACGACAUAGGCAGAUUUCAGUGUUUGGAGAUGCAGAGCGAUUAUUACCGAGAUCGACGAGUCCUUCUUGAGUUGUUCGAUAACGGGUGUUACCCACGCUACGCUUGUGUUGAGCUGGAGAAGAUAGCCCUUCCGGUCAUGAAGUACCGCUUGGGAAGCAGACUCGACUGGCCUCUGAUACCAACGCCAGAUCAGAAGAAACUUAUCUGUGAUGAUGAAGCAUUCCAGUCGAGGCCUAACAGCUUGUAUGAUAACAGUUUGAAACCAUCAAGGUUACUCAUACGAAAAGAAAAAAUGCAUUAUGUAAGUUGCGGGCUCCCGCCUUCAUUGCAAUAUGGGCUUUCCUUCCGCGAGGAGGGGGAGGACUGUGGCGGUUGUCUCUACUACAGCCCUGUUCACGAAGACGAUAGCAUCACGGUUCAGCCUGUUAACUGCUCCACACCUAACCUCCCUAUCGACUACAGGUGUCUGGCGUCGUUCCAGUUCGGCAAUGAUACCCAUGCAGUUGUCGCCAAAAGUAGAGACACAUACCUUUGUUGGGUGUUCACGGACGACAGUAAAAUCAAGGUUCUCACAGCUGGAGAUUGUUUCUCCUAUGAAUUAAUGGAGACCGCCAAACUUCAGGGUUAUUUUACUAUCACAGAGGAAAACCUGUGUCAGAAUAUCAUGCGCGUUUUGAGAACAACUACCACCACCACCCAGAAAACAACGCAGAUAACAUCCACCCUAGGUAGAAUCGAGUACACUGUCAUACCCCCAGCCUUUGAGGUAGAACAGGAACCUAUCAUUACUCCAAGUUCAUCAGUAGGUAAUGGUGCCCCCCUUAGCACAACACCAAUGUCAUACCAGCAGUUGCUCAUCCCCUGCCUUGUGUUUAUAUUGAGACACAUACUGAGCUGAGUGUUCCCUGUGCUGUGUGGUGACCAGCUGAAAUGCACUACGGAGUGCUCCUGUUUCAACUGAACAUACAAUUCAUUAAUUCAGUCUGCAUGUAAGGAGGAGUCACAUGAACGAUUGCAUCCACAGACUGAAUACAUGUGAUAACAUUACUCUGAUCUGGAAGUCCGUACUACAAAGACCAUUGCUCCUGACCACGGUUGAUGCUGGCCGAGACCCGAACCUGCCUGAACCGGUGUAAUGUAGCUCAGUAGGAGGUCGUUGUUGCUCAUAUUUGCUAUUGUAUAUGUUGAGGAACUGGUGAGACUAUAUGUGAGCGGUCCUGCAGGCAGUGUGAUUGAAGGACGGUGAGACUGGUGCAUUGCUUACAGCUGUAGACGUCGCGGAUGUUGCCGGAGUGGUACCCAGACGGGACUUCAGUUUUACAGUUUCUUCAAAUAUAGGAGGUUCCAUGGACCUACUUAUACCCAUGUCUAAGUCGAUUUAUUCAGGGUCCUCUUUCAGAAAGUAUUUUUUUAGAAUUUUUCUCUGGGUGGCUUCUGACUCCGUCACACUUUGUAUGGAUUUUGCAUGUUUGUUUAUAUCUAUUUAACUGAUGCUAUGUACAUAUCGCUACUGAGUAUUUGUUCACAUCCAGAUACACAUGCAUAGUUUAUAGGUCAAUUUCCAUUUCAUGUGUUAUGAUAUUGUCUGGUCUAAAGUUAAACCAUUAUUAUCUUUUGACGCCUCGUAAAUCGUAGUACGGGAACGUUUAUGUAUACAAUAUGUCCAGUACCUAAUAUAUUUACUUGAUUCAGUGACAAUAAGUGUUAAACCCCGUCAGAACGCACUAUGUGUGUGUUCGUGUGUGCGCGUGCUCGUACCUGAGAGAAAGAGCGAGCGAGUGAGAUAGAUAAAGGGAAGUAAUGAGUAAUAUAUAGAAUGUGUAUAUGUGUGUGUGUGUGUAUGUGUGUGUGUGUGUGUGUGUGUGUGUGUGUGUGUGUGUGUG